AUGACUCUCGACACAAGUCAGACAGCAUUCAUCCAUUCAUCUGGCGACAGUCCUUGGGUUGUUAGCCACGACAAAACUCCCUUGCCUUUCACUUCCUCCACGCGGACCAACGCCCUCUUCCUUGACGUUUCCUGUGAUCCGAUGUUCUUGAUGUCUGUCUCCACCACAUAGUGCACUGCCUCAUGAAGAGGUUUCGACAGGACAGCUUGAGCCCCAAAAACUUGGUAGUGCCGGCCAAAUUCAUGUCGGCCGCAUGUCGAUGGUGUUUGCCAUUCCUUGUCAGGGUUGUCGCCUCCACUGCUUCUUCCCACCUUCCCAGCCUCCAUGAAAAAACUCCGUGUGUGUGUUGUGGUUUGCCUCGCUCGCCAUCUAUCCGACGCGCAGUAGCCUCCCGGCAAGCCGAAACGUUUGUUGUACAGCGUGGUACUCUAUGGACGCCUCGUGCUUUCGCAAAAACAACCAACUGGCUGUAUCCUCGCCUGCAACAGUGGUAUGUUGAAGCAAACACCAGGGCACACACGAGCACAACGCAGAAACUCCUGUUGCACACAGCAGUAACAUAGAUGCAGAAUUAGACGUGACUAUUGUAGGUGCCUAGAACAGAGCUUAUAUGCCCUCUCCAAAACCAAAACAAGUGUGGAAGGGUACAAUGCCCCAAACACGCACACCAUAGGUGACACAAGAUAUCAUUCCCCCACCCCCCCCGAUUGUCAGAGCUAAAGCAGUGGCGCAGGAUCCCGACGGAGAUGUGUCAUCCAAACGAUACGUUUUGGGGAAGUGGUCGACGAGAGGGUUCCAACGCCGACAUUUUCCACGUCGCCACUGUUUC